UACGCUGGGAAAUAGUAUUCCAGUAUUUAUAGUGGCUUCGUGUAACAUCGCUUCACACUUUUGACGCCAAUGGACCCAUAUCUCCAAACCGCCCAAAAUCAACCGGGAAACUCUCAAAGCCGGCCGGAAAACUCCCAUUUCCGGCCAUUUCAUGUAAUACAAAAGGUGAAACAGAACUUGGUUUUCAAGUCAAGAUGGGCAGAAUUGAAUGGCGCCAUGGGGGAUUUAGGCACAUACAUUCCAAUAAUUCUAGCUUUAACUCUCGCCAAGAAUCUUGAUCUGGGCACCACAUUGAUUUUCACCGGCGUUUACAAUUUCGUCACCGGUGCAAUCUAUGGCGUCCCCAUGCCUGUCCAGCCCAUGAAGUCAAUUGCCGCAUUUGCCAUAUCUAAUCCAAGUUUUGGCAUACCGGAAGUAAUGGCGGCCGGAAUUUGCACCGCCGGAAUCCUAUUCCUUCUGGGUAUUACAGGUUUGAUGCAGCUUGUGUAUAAACUGAUUCCAUUAUCUGUAGUCAGGGGAAUUCAGUUGGCACAAGGGCUGUCAUUUUCUAUGACUGCAGUUAAGUAUAUAAGAAAUGAACAAAAUUUUGCUAAAUCGAAAUCCGCUGGGAAGAGGCACUGGAUGGGAUUAGAUGGACUGCUUUUGGCUCUAAUUUGUGCCUGUUUUAUCAUAAUUGUUAAUGGUUCUGGCGAUGAAAAUGAGAACAGAGAAGUUGAUUUUGAAAAUGAUGAUCCAAACAGGCCCCAGAGAAGGAAGAAUUUGAGGAAAAUCAUAUUUUCUCUUCCUUCAGCUUUUAUCAUAUUCUUGUUGGGUGUAGUUUUGGCUGUAAUCAGAGGGCCUAAAGCUGUUAAAGGAUUCAAAUUUGGGCCAUCUAGUAUUGAAAUUGUGAAGAUAUCUAAGCAUUCAUGGAAGGAAGGAUUUGUGAAAGGGACUAUUCCACAACUUCCUUUGUCAAUCCUAAAUUCAGUUGUUGCUGUAUGCAAACUUUCAACAGAUCUUUUCCCAGAUAAGGAUGUUUCAGCAACAUCCGUGUCGAUGACAGUCGGGCUAAUGAACUUGAUCGGGUGCUGGUUCGGCGCAAUGCCGUGCUGCCAUGGCGCCGGAGGGCUAGCGGGCCAGUACAAAUUUGGUGGGAGGAGUGGUGGGUGUGUGGCAUUUCUUGGUCUCUCAAAAUUGGCUUUGGGAUUCGUUUUAGGCAGUUCUUUGGUGAAGAUUUUGGAUCAAUUUCCAGUUGGGGUUUUAGGGGUUCUUCUUUUGUUUGCUGGGAUUGAGUUGGCUAUGUGUUCAAGGGACAUGAAUUCUAAGGAAGAAUCCUUUGUUAUGCUUAUUUGUACGGCCGUUUCACUUGUUGGCUCAAGUGCAGCACUUGGAUUUCUUAGUGGGAUUGUUGUGCAUUUGCUUCUUAGGGUAAGAAGAUUGGGUGAUGGCCAGUCUUGUUCCACAGUUUGGUUUCAAAGGAACCCCUAAGGUUGGACACAAAAGUACUCGAAAAUAAUAAUUAAGGAAGAAAAAAAAGAAGAAGUUAAAAUCUUGUCGACUGUAGUGUCUAGUCAAGUUGCACCUACCAAACUACUCUUAAGUGCAUGUUUAGAACACAAUAGUGAAUAGUAAUGACCAACAUAAUAUACGGGAUUUUAACUUCUUUUUUCUUCUUUAAUACCGUUGUUGAAUGAUUUCCUUUGUAUUUAAAUAAGUUUGAGACUUUUGUGCUUCCUUGCUCUGUUACUGUUUUGUUCAUUUCUUUCUUCAUUACAUAACUUGGGUGUUAUGUCACUUUGUAUUUUUGCAUUACCAGAAGAAUAAAAAGUGGUCCGAUUAUCUUUC